AUGGCAAGCACAUCACUGACCCUGGGUAUUGCCGCCGCCUUCGCUUGGCUCGCGUAUUCUCUGCGUGCGCGGAAUGGCAAGCGUGAUCGACUACCGCCAGGUCCGCCAACCGUCCCAAUUCUUGGCAACUUGCUGCAGGUGUCGAGUCCUCAGAUGCAUCUACAAUUCACGGAGUGGGCGAAGAAGUACAAUUCGGAUAUCAUCACCGUCAUGCUCGGACCCGCCCCGGCCAUCGUUCUCUCGAGCGCACGCGCCGUCAAGGAGGUGCUUGACAAGCAAAGCGGCAGCACCUCAGAUCGCCCACCCCUGCAUAUCAACGUGGUCGUCACCGGUGACCUCGACAUCGUGCUAGCGCGCUACAGUGCGUUGUUUUAUCCUCCUGAUCCAUCCGCUCUCAUAGCUUAUUGGCUCUCAGCGGAACGAUGGCGGCGUAUCCGAAAGGCGGAACACCUACUGCUAUCGACAACUACGGUGCAGAAGUUCAUCCCCAUCCAGGAGGCCGAGUCGGCACAGUUGCUGUACGAAUUCGCGACGGCGCCGAAGGACUUCUACCACCACCUCGAACGCUACGCGGCAUCUACCGUGCUGUCCAUCACCUACGGCAAGCGCAGCGUGCGGUACGAAUCCUCCGUUGCCGAAGAGUUCACCAGGGAUUUCAAUCGAUGGCUCACCCUAAUGGCCCCGGGAAAUCACCCGCCCGUCGACAUGUUCCCCUUCUUACAAAAACUCCCCGAAUUCAUGGCACCCUGGAAGACCGAGGCACGCGAAGUGCGCAGGCUACAGCGCGGUCUCUUCAUGCGGCUCCUCGAAGAGUGCGAAGAGCGCGUCGCCGCGGGCGAGGACACGCCGCUCUAUAUGGCCGAUAUCAUUAGGAGCCAGGAGGGCCUCGGGCUCGAGAGGGAGCAGUUAGCCUACCUCGGCGGCGACCUCUUUGGCGCCGGCACCGACACGACAGCGACCACGCUGCAGAUGUUCGUCUGGCUCAUGGUGAAGUACCCCGCGGUGCAGAAAAAGGCGCAAGAAGAGAUCGACCGCGUCAUCGGGCGUCUGCCGGUGCAGGAAGACGCGAAGGAUUUACCAUAUCUCCAAGCGGUAAUCCAGGAGCUGCACCGUCUGCAUGUGCUGUUGCCCAUGGCCGCGCCGCAUGCGGCGUCGGAGGACGUUGAGUACGACGGUUAUAUCAUCCCCAAGGGUGCCAUCAUCCUACCGAAUAUCUACGCCAUAUACCACGACGGCGACCUCUUCGACGAGCCCGACGCCUUCAAACCCGAGCGCUACCUCCAGACGCCGCACGGAACGAAGCCCGGCGUCGAUGACAGCGCAUUUCGGGCCACGCUCAUGUUUGGUGGCGGACGGAGGAUCUGCCCGGGCAUGCAUCUCGCAUCCAACACGGUGAUGAUCGCCGCGAUGCGCCUACUGUGGGCAUUCUCAUUUGAGCCGGCGAGGGACGCGGCAGAUCGGGAAAUACCUCUGGACAUGUCGCACUGGAAGACCGCUUUCGUUGAGGGACCUCUGCCUUUCGAUUGCACUGUUCUACCGCGAAGUGCCGAGCGCACGAAAAUCGUCGGGCGAGCGUUCCAAGUCGACGCUACGCCGACACUGCAGGAAUUCGAAUAUGGAUUGGACGAACGCGACAAGGCAUGGCUGAAGCAAAUACGACGAAGUGUGCAGACGUAGCACGGAACGCAUACAUAGAUCUUCGGGUCUGCAAUAUGUAACGGCAAGACAUGGCAAACAAUGAUAGGUACUAUUGGGGUCAUUUCGGCCAAGCCAUAUCAUAUGCUCGACAAAGCGUGAAUGUAGUGAUACAGUACGGUACGGAAGAGAGAGGGACAGAUGACUUGGUAUGAGGAUGGGCGACGCGUUCCGAUAUGGCCCUUUACUCGAGGAUUUCAGGCCGAAAAGUUGCGACUGCUAUCAGCCUAUGCAGCAUCUCAAGAUCGAGCCC